AUGAAUAUAUCAGAAGAUCAGAAGCGAUGGGUAGUUGUUGGGAUUGCUUUCAACAAGCUGGUGCCUCAUAUCCGGCCAUUUGUAGAACAGUCUUUAGAGGCAGAGUACCAGAGCUUGAAGUCCAGCCAUAACAUUCACAUCCAAACUCUGCCAUGGAUUCUCAAGAAUCAUCCCAAACAUCUAAAAUAUGAAAACAUCAAUAGUAACAUCAGUCACAAACUCUCUCCUUUCAAAUUUGACUUUUCGAAAUUUGACUUUAAGGUAACAAGUCAUGUUGACUUUGCCAAGCUCUACCUUCAGCCUUUCAUGACCAAGUUCAAUGCAUUUGAUGGUGAGUGUGAUGGGUCUGCUGUUCUUCUACUACUUGGUGAAGUACCUGUGUUUUCACAUGCAAUACAGUCAUCAGCUAAGGCAGUAAGAGAACAUGUAAGAAAUGAGUGGGCUCACUGUAACUUCACAGACUGGGAUGCAGUGAAGUUUCAGAGCUGUUUUAUGGAGAUGCAGCAACUUGUCCAAUCCCUGGGUCUACCCACAGCAGAUGAAACUAAAAUCCUAUCCGAGCUAAAUGACUGGAAGAACAAAGGUAGUUUAUCUUUAAGUAUUUUCUUAAAGUCACAACUUUGUUAUAAAAACAUAAAAAACCCUCUUUUCCAUUGCUUUUUUUAAAAGAAGAAAAUUGUUGAUUGCAAUUUGGAAUUUGUUUACCCAUGGAGCACGUAGGAAUGUUCCUUGUGCAUUCCAGAUGGAACUGGAAUUUGGAAGUGUUGGUUUUGUAUGAGAGGGGGAAACUUGAUUGCCCAGAGAGAAUCCUCUCAGAGCAAGGGAGAGAACCAAGAACAAACUCAGCCCACAUACAGCAUUUACACCUGGAUUCGAACCUGAGCCAGAAAAGCUAUUGUGAAAAAUACCAUAAUAUUCUCAAAAUUGUCGUUUCAAUUUGAGAAUAUUAUGUAUUUUUUGCAGUGGUCUAUAGUUGGGAAGCGAGUGCUCUCACCACAUGUUAAUACAUCAUUUUAAAUGCAUUCUUGAUACACUUAAAGUACCUACCUCACACCACUGCACCACCCCUGCUCUUACUCUUUGAAGAGACAAGGAGCCUGGAAACGAGCCUGAUCCCUGCAACCGUUACCCUAGUAAUACCCUAGUAGCCCUCUUAGUUAUCUGUUAGAAGUUGUCUAAUUUAGCGUCGCCUAAAAAGGAUUUUUUGUGACAAUUUUUUCGUGUCCUCAUAUUAUUGCUUAAGCUUGACUACCAGCCUUUUUGGGAGUAGGAUGCAAACCUUACUCCUCAAACGGCCGGAAAUUGAGCCUUGUGGUUGCCAGUAUUGGUAAAAGACACUAGUCCUGAGCAGUUAAGCCUAAAAUUUAAGGUUCUAUGAUAUUUUCAUCGGAUGUUGAAACUUUCACGUAUUUGCAUAAAGAAAGUCAAGCCAGAAAUUCAACGUCUGCAUUUAAUGUGAAAAAUGGAGGUAUCUUGAAAAUAUUAGAGGUGUAAAUAUACAACUGCAGUUUUUUCUGUCACCUGUUAAACAGGACCCGUUGAAGCCGUUUCAGAAAGACUGAGGAAUAGCUUAAUAAAUCUGAAGAGUGCUAAAAUGAAAUAACUUUUGAAACGAGAAGUCAUCUGAGAAUUCCUUGUGCCGUAUGGAUGGCUUGCGCAAAUAUUCUAAACCUUGGGCACAUUUAGGAUUGUAAAACUAAAUACCACUUUUUAUCUGACUUAUUCCAAGUAACGUUAUUUAAGUUGUUAAAAUGUUCUGUUUACAGGCGUAACGUUCUGUGGUAACUCUCCAGUAGAUCCUUCCCUAUUAAGCUUGGUUCAAAAUGAAGUGUUGCAACUUUCCUGCAAUUUGGAUCAUUUUGUUUGCCAGUACAAAGAGCAGAGCGACCUGUUAAAAUCACAGCUCUACGAGGUGCAGCAAAACCUCCAACAGCUGCUCCAACUUCCCCAGAAAGUUGAACAAGUAGAACACAAGGUGGAAACCUUGGAACAAAAGGUAGAAGAUCUUAGUUGCAGACUAGCGAGACGUCAAGAAAGUGUCAACCCUCCAUCGUUCUUUGGAGCGCUGGACAGAAAUGAGUAUUUUACAGGCCGGAAAAAAGAGUUGGAAUCGUUGGACAAAGCUUUUGAAGAAGUUAACACUACAGGAGCUGGUCUUAGAAGCGGUAAGAGAAAGGCUAAAGUUCAUGGUAUUUGCGGACUUGGAGGCUGUGGGAAGUCGUCUCUUGCUUUCGAAUAUGCUUGGCGGAAUCUGGAUCGUUAUCCAGGAGGUGUUUUCGUGAUAAAUGGAGAAAGUGACGACUUGUUGCGAGCGUCUCUUCAAGAAAUCCAUGGAGAGUAUGUACACAAGACCCAACCUAACAAGCACGAGGAGGCGACACAGUUUAAUCAAUUAAUAACUGAAACUCUUUCGUGGCUGGGUAAUCUAAGAGAAAAGUGGCUUUUAAUUGUAGACAACAUGGAUCAAAAGGAACUAAGCUCCUGCGCACGAAAAUUGUUUUUCGGCCAGUGGAAAAACAAAACUACAGGUGACAUUCUUGUUACUUCCCGUAGAAGUUCUGAAGCGUUGUGUGAGGACCUAGAACUUCCUCCUGAAAACUGUCUUGAGUUGAAUGCUUUUACUCUCGAAGAAUCAACAGAAUUCCUAAAGAAACGCACCGGAUUAGAAUCCUGCGGUGACGAUCAAGAGCAAGAAGUAAAACAACUUGCCCAUGAGCUCGGUGGAUUACCUUUGGCUUUAGAGCAAGCCGCUGCUUACGUAAAAGCAUUAAAGUGCCCAAUUCAGUCAUACCUUGAGCAGUAUCGUUCUCAAAAGUCCACCCUGUUGGAAAGAAAAAGCGCUAAACCAUGUUCAGAGAUCUAUAGUGAGGAGCGUCUUGAGGUGCAAACUACGUGGCUUCUCAAUUUCAGUUAUAUAGAAAAUGACGAAAAAGAUGAAGGACUCGGAAAGGCGUCUGCUUUCUUCAUGCAAAUUGCCACGUAUCUGUUCCCAGACGAUAUUCCUAUAGAAAUCUUAAAUGUGGGCGCUCCAGAGAUUGAACAUAAGCACCUGAAGCACUGCUUAAAAAUGCCAAUCGGCGCAAAACAAAUUGUUGAUUUGUUGCUUAGGUUUUCGCUGUUCAAGCGCAAGUCCGAUAACAGCUUAAGUAUCCAUCGACUUGUUCAAGAGACGUUGAAACAAUAUUAUGAUGUGGAAAGCCGAAAUGAUGAGGUUGUUUCUUCUGCUUUAAGAAUGUUGCACCAUGCAUUCCUCAAUUGUGUUGGGGGGACGGACUUCCUUUUCGAUUUGCGUCAGAAACUGGAUACACGGAUAGCUAAUGCACCUAGUGGCAUAGCUCACGUGCAUCCGGCCAUCAACUUAAGUUUAAAUGAGGCCAAACUCGAGGUUCGACGAUGGAAAAAGCUUUCAUUGAACGCAUUUUUCCUACUUGAUACCCUGCGGAGAAAUGUUUCCGUAAACCCCGACUGUCUGCGCACUGAAGAAACUGCCAGGUUAUCUUGUGAAGCAGCCCUCUAUUGCUAUUCUUUGGGAAUGCUAAGUGAAGGAUACCGCUUACAACAGUUGGUUUUAGACAUUUUAUGCGCUGUGAAAGAGCCCAUUUGUUUUUACAAAGCCGAAGAGCUAAUGAAAGUAACAAGGAUCUUAAUGCCCUUCCUGGAUCCGAGUCUCCUUGCUCAAAAGGUAAUGGGACCUAUUGAAAAUGUUGCUGAUAAAAUGGACUAUCCAGUAGACAACAAUCAAAGCAACGAAUUGUUAGACGGGGUUGAAGUGAUAGAGCUAAAGGCAAUCGCCGCUUUCGCCAGGGGUGAUUUUCAAACCUCUUUUGACUUGUACUCUGAAAUUAUUAAACUGUCAAUUGGAGUAAAUCAACCGAGCCAUCGUUCCCUUGGGAAAAUUUUUUGUAACCGUGGCAGUGCAAAUUUUAAAUUGGGAAACACUGAAGCGGCAGUUGACGACUUCAAUGCUUCUGUUACCGUAGACAAUGAGCAUUACCCUGGUUACUACUGGAAGGCAUACGCACUCAGUAAACUCGUUGAAAUUGGAAGAACAGAGUUCACCAGCAGAGCUCAAGCAGCGGCGGCAGUACUUCAUUUCAAGUUUGCAGUUUCCAAACCAGAUGGUUUUCAGAAGUUGCAACGUACAUUCAAAACCGUUGCAGGACUGCUUGAUCAAAUUGAAUACAGAUUCGUCAACCAAGUUAAGCAGCUGAAAGAGCUAGAGAGUCGGGUCUCUGGAAGCCAGGUUUCAAAUGAUUCGCUUACUGUCAUUCUGGCAGGUGGAAGGUAUAAUUUCAAAGAGAUGCUUGUUUUAGGAGGACGUUAUCAUUUUGUUUGUCUUCCUGGAAGUUUCGCGACGCUUACCUCUAGCAAAGGGUUCUAUUUCUCUAAUGGCUCUUUUCUAUUUGAAAACGUUCAUUUCGCGAAUCCUUUACAUCCAGUCGACGAUCAGCUUUCGGUAACGUUAGGAAGAUCGCCUCAAGAUAAUACGGAAGUGAACGCCGGUGGAGAACUCAAGCUUAGUGCCUUGGUGGUAGCUUAUAAUGUUAACUCAUUAGUGAUGCACCAAUGCCUUAUCUCUGGUUCUGUUAGUUCAGGUAUAAUGGUGCAGUCGCAUCAGCUUAAAAAAAUGACCGUUUCAUUGAGGUCGUGCAAUAUAGCAAGUUGUAUGGGGCCUGGGGUUGAAAUUCAAGGAGGUACAACUGAAAGCCACUUAAGUAUUUGUAACAGUACCAUUGCUCACAAUAUUUAUGGUGUUGUUAUAAAUUCUCCAGCCCAUUUUUACUUGGAAAAGAACGAAAUUUAUUCCAGCUGUCUCUCGGGUUUUAUGGCCACUGGAGGAUGUAAUGGAAGAUUACUGAAAAGUAAUUUUGCUUUGAAUAAAGGCCACGGAAUUUUUUUGCGAAACGCAAACGCAUCAGUGAAAGAAAACUUCAUUUUCAGAAAUUUAUGCUGGGGAAUUUUGUGUUGUGCUGGAAGUAAACUAACAUGCAAAGAAAGCGUGCUUCAAAACAACUACUGUGGAGGACUUCGUAUCAUGUUCAAUGGCAAAGAGAAUGUUGUGGUUGAGAAAUGCGAAUUCCUAGGGAAUGUUGGCCCUAAUGUUUUUCCCGCUAGUGCAAAAGACAUUUGCCCUUUGGAGAAGGAAUGGAAACAGUUAUUUGCAAGGACUCAGAAAUUUCCCAUGAUAUUUUACUUAUUCAAUUUUCUCAGUUUAACGAAAGUGGACAUAGCUGAAUUUGCCAAUGAGUUCAAGAACCCUUUCCUUUCAGGCAACAGAUUCCAUGAUGUUCCCGACAAGCUAUUUCAGCGAUCUCCACCGACAGUGUGCUCUGCUUGCUGGCAGGAUCUACAGUCGGAUGGUGAUUGGAUCGAAUGUCCCAGUUGCUAUGUUGCAAGAUAUUGCAGCCAGCAGUGUUUUGACACCGCAAAGAAUUUUCAUUAUGCUGUUUGCAACUCCAUUCUUGAAGGCAACAAAGAAUCUGAACCGUUGUGGCCUCUGGUCAACCCAUCAGUAAAAGUGAGUGUUCAAGUUGAAGCGGGACGUUCUUUGUGUGUUUGUGCCGCAGUAAAUGUUUUUACAGCAGAUGAAGAUGGCACGACAAAGGUUUUAGUCCGUGUCUGUCUCUUAACUUGUCCAGAGCGGAAUUUCUUUACGGUGCUUCGCUCCACAAAAAUCCACGAUCUCAUAAUGAUUCAUGGAAGUCCUAUCAAAGAAAGCAUGAUGGAUAUCAAGGUAGCUAGUAUUUUGGCAAACUUUGAUCUUGAGUCCCAAACCGUCACUGUUUUUAGCCAUCGCGUUUUCUCUAUUGACAAGGUUUCAAGUAGUUGGAAUUGGGUGGAAAAGGCAUUAACUUUGUUUUGUGAACGGUUUUUAAACGGAGGUAUGCCUUAA